AUGUCCGGCAUCGAAGUCGCAGGCCUGGCUCUGGCUCUUUUUCCGAUUGUGAUCGAACUCGUAGACGCAUACAGCGGAGCGCUCACGGGCCGCGACAUCAAUCACCUGGCUGAGUCUCUCAAGAAUCAUCAGCAGAUCUUCCUCAAUGCCGUAGAGUAUCUGCUGCAUUACACAAUUCCGGCGCAACAACUCAGGGCUCUCCUUGCCGAUCCAAGUGGAGCUCUAUGGCAAGAUCAAGAGCUGAAUGAUAGUGUGCAGAGAGAACUUGGCAUACGAGCGGCGAGCAUACUGGGAAAGAUCAGUGACAUCCACAAGACGAUAACGAAGUUGAUGGCUAAACUGCCAAUCCCAGACGGCAACUCGACCAUCAAAGACCGUGCUACUCGUGUCAUCAAGUGCUUCGUUCGUGGGCCAUAUUACAAGGCCAGCUUGGAGAGACUGAGGAUGCGCAUCAGCGAAUUCCGCACUCUCACGAAAGAUGCUCUCAAGCUUGCACCAUCUCGAAGUGGGCUUGUCCAAGAUCUAGAAAUCCUGGAGCUCAUAAAACAGUGCGCAGGUGGACUGUACGAAGCAUGUCGAGCUGGCUGGAAAUGCGACUGCAGUCACGCACAUCCGGCCAACAUCAGACUCAACGUUGAUCAUCGCAAAGACGAUCAUGGUCAAGAAUGCUUGACCUUCUCAUUUCUCUUCGCAGAGCAUGCACACCGCGCACAUCACGAGCACUGGAUGACUGCGGAGAUCGUGGCUCCGAAGGAGAAAGGCGGAACUCUACCACCACUGACAUUUCGGACGUUGAGUGGAUCCACAGCCGUAUCUUCGACAUCUGUGCCCGUUGUAAUUGAUCUAUGCACCAUUCUCAAGAGCUGCCAAGAUCCUGUGCGCCCGGCGAGACGCAGGUUGGGAUCGAUAUCGGACUCGAAGGGCCAGAAUUACGACCUUUUCAGCAGACCUGAUCCGAUAACCACAAAACACUCGGUCGUCGUAGCGGAGUAUUUCGAGCAGAAGAGCGUCCUGAGCAAUCGCUUCAGAGUGGAACUCGCUUUGAUGCUUGCGAAAGGUGUGUUGCAGAUGUCUUCCACCAGCUGGCUCGAAGGGAAGUGGACGAAGCAUAACAUCCUGCUGGUUACGGACGCGCCAAACAGCUUGCUGCCCUACGUGAGCCACCGCUUCGAAUCCGCGGGCCGGAGCUCCACAUCGUCCACGUUGGUGCCUACCACGCCAGAUUCAGUCGAAGCAUGGAUCAGGAACCCCACGAUGUUUUCUUUGGGUGUACUCCUGCUCGAGGUGUGUUACAAUCGGUCUAUUGAGAGCCUUGCCGCGAAUGAUGAGAAGAAUGAUUUCGGCAAGGCCUGGACAUAUACGCCUUUCUUGACAGCAAUGCGCCUGUCCAAGACGGUGCAAAACGAGCUGGGACUGCGAUAUGCUCAAGCGGAGCCCGGAACGGUGGCGAUGAACCUGUCUUCAGUCCUCGCUGUAUACGAAUGCGACAACCUCUAUGCUUUCUCUUGGGGUGCAAUCGGCGGGAGCAGCAGGAUUCUUGAUAGCACAAUGUGGAGUUCCUACCAAACAUUACCAUUGAUGAUUCGGUCUCCGAUAGAUGUGGAUAUUUUCAAGCACUUCCUCUUUGUCUACAAUGUCUUGUGGUUCCAGAUCAAGUGCAGAGUCGAUGGACUGUCUGUCGCAAAGGGCGAGUGGAUAGUCGUGCAAUGGUCCCCGGAGCGGCUUCCACACGGUGAUGUAUUGAGCCCUGCCUUUCAGAAGACGUUGGGCAUCAGCACCAUGUCUUCGGAUGAUUUGUCUGACCAUGUCGUUUGGCGUUGCGUCGACAUGAGCCACAAUGUUUGGUUGUCCAAAUGA